AUUUGGUUUGGCGAGACCGGACCGCACUAGCAAGGCUCGCACUAACCUCAUCCGCAACGUGAAUCACUUUAACCAUAAAAUUCAAAGGAAUUGUUGACCAAGUAUUUUUUCUCUUUGUCUUUCGUCGCACAGGCUAAGUUACGUAGUAUAAUUUCAUUUCAUUGAGGGCAUUUAUAAAAAUAUGGGAAGAGGGUAUUUGUGUAUCGUGUUGACAUGUGCAGUGUUAUUGUGCAGCAAUGGAAAUGCUCAGAGAUUUUGGGUGACUACGGAUGAAUUGGAAAAUCAUAUAAAUCCUGACGAUCUCCGCGAACUGCUGAACCUUCGUAACACCUCGGCAACUACUACUCCCGCGGGCACGGAACCUGACCGAAUCUACGGCUCUAUCGAUGAGGAUGAGACGGCGCACUCCGUCCCGGACACGGUGGACUGCUUCGGGCUCGGCUCCCUCACCGCCCAGCUACGGUGGCUCUUCGACAUGCGCCCGGACUCUUCCGAUGCUGUCAGAACACAUUUCUUCUUCUACUCCCGCAGACAGCCAUUUCGAGCUCAGGUGCUGCCGGGAGAACAGUUCGGGCUGGAGUGGGUGGACUUCAAGCCGAGCCGCAGAACGGUCAUGAUCGUCCACGGCUUCAUGAGUCACAGCAACGCUUCCUGGGUUAACGAUAUGGCUCGAGCCUUUUUAAGAUGGGAGGAUGUGAACGUUAUUGCGGUGGACUGGAGUGGAGGUGGGAACACUUGGAAGUACUGGCGAGCGGUCGCCAACACCCGCCGAGUCGGCUCCGAUGUCGUAGCGUUCUUGAAGAAGCUAAUCCAGGAAACGGGAGCGCGCGUGAAGAAUUUCCAUUUGGUGGGGCACAGCUUGGGCGCUCACAUUUGCGCGUUUGUGUCCAAGCACUUCAACGGCGUCGCUAGGAUAACUGGUUUGGACCCGGCCCAACCUUGCUUCCGAACAUCAGACAAGACGGAGCGGCUAGAUAAGUCAGACGCUGAUUUUGUCGAUGUCAUCCAUACAAAUGGGAGACUUUUGAAAAAGAUCGGCUUCGGCUUGCCAGAACCCGCAGGACAUGCGGAUUUUUACCCGAACGGUGGCAUGAAGCAACCUGGGUGUCACAACGGAACAUCUUUGUUUUCAAAAUUCUUCCGUUACACACCGUCUCAUUUGCAGCAAGCGAUUUGCAGCCACGGGCGAGCGUACCUGCUGUUCACGGAGUCUCUGGUCAACAACAACUGCUCGUUUACAGCACAUCGCUGGAACUUGUCUUACGAAGGGGUGGAGUCGUGCCUCCGCGCAGCGUGCGACUUCACGGGCUCCUGCUCCGAGAUGGGCAUCAAGGCCAUCGGCGCCAAGAGCUUGCCGAGGGCACAGGGCCCUUACUUCGUGCUCACCACAGAGAGGGUGCCCUAUUGUCCGUCAGAGUCCGAGCGGCGGCAGCCGGCGCAGCACCUGCUGAAGGACUUGCGCGAGGGCUUCCAGCUGGCGGGGCCGGGCGCGGGCACCCAGCGCCCCGCCUCCCGCGCGCCCGAUUACGCGGACCCAGACCCCACCACCGCCCGCACCCGAGACACCGCCACCACCAAGAAGUCGUGGUUCAAUUGGUGGAAAAUGAAUUCCAACUAGGCAUUUUAAUAACACGGUAGACCCAAGGGCGGAUCCUGGUUUGUACUCAUGGGUCACGAUACAUUCCAGGCUUAGCCCAGUGCCCACGGUCAUUAAACCAAUAAACGACCGGUCUGGCGCAUUCGGUAGUGCCCCUGCCUGCUACACCGCGGUCCCGGGUUCGAAUCCCGGUAAGGGCAUUUAUUUGUGUGAUGAGCACAGAUAUUUGUUCCUGAGUCAUGGAUGUUUUCUAUGUAUAUAAGUAUUUAGUUUUAUAUAUCGUUGUCUGA